GGCUCGCCAGUCGCGGGGCAACCGACGUCCGCGCGACACGUGUGUCUCGCGCUGCGAUAUGUUUACGCGUGCGCUAAACUUACGCGACGAAAACUUUUAAAUAAAAAUUAUUGACUGUUGUUUUAGUGCGAAACAAAGUGGAACUUAGAAAAUGGACUCAAGCACGAGCAAACCUUCGUCACCGCCGAAACCCAUAAAAAAGGAGAACGAAGAAGAAAUCAAGGAGUUUGCCGAAACGGCUAUGAAUGAACUUCUGGGCUGGUACGGGUACGAGCGGCUCGAGUUACGACGAUGGGCCGCGUCACGCGCGCGCGGUGGUAGCCCUGAGCAGGCCAGCGAGCAUAAGAGCAAAGACGAAUGUUCCUGGUGCAACAAGAGCAUCACGGACAGCGGCGCGCUGCAGCAGGCCGGGGCAGUGUUCUGUUCGGAGCUAUGCUUCAGCCAAUCGCGGCGAGCCAACUUCAAGCGAGCUAAGACUUGUGACUGGUGCCGACAUGUGCGGCAUACUGUGGCUUAUGUGGACUUCCAGGAUGGAGCCACGCAGUUGCAGUUCUGCUCCGACAAAUGCCUGAACCAAUACAAGAUGCACAUCUUCUGCCGGGAGACGCAGGCGCACCUCGAUCUCAACCCCCACCUGGUGAACGCCUCUUCCACCUCAAACCUCAUAACUCCUGAACUCUGGCUCAAAAACUGCAAAAGCAGAUCUGCAUCGCCAGCAUCCGAACGCUCCGGAUCUCCCACCGAAGGCACCAAGCCGCCAGAAAAAGAAAAAGAGAACAGAACUGCAAGAAAAUCUCCCCUACCUUUAAUAACAAUAGCUCCUUCAGCAAAACUAAUGAAACCAAAAACACCUGAAGAACGAGUGCAAAAAUCACCAGAAACGAAAAAAGAAUCCAGAUUAAGGAUGAAUUUAAGGAAGCGGAGAACCUCCAAGUGUUCAGCUACAGUUACUUCACAAACAGUGAAACACACAACAACUCCUAAAGCCCAGGACCUAAGAAUGCGGAGUCCAUCUAUGGACGGGUCUUCACCAGCAUCUACAGUUGGCAACAGUGCGAUACACUCACCGCCGCAUCCAAUAAAUCCUCAUACUAUACCCCCUCCUCAAUUCCCUAAUCCAAUGUACGGUAUGCCUCCUCCAGUUUUCAUGGAUAAUCAUGAGCAUAGACCAAAUAUGUUCCCUCCACGAUUUGGCUUUUUGCCGCGACCAGGUAUCCCUAUGCACCAGGAAAGACCUCGCAUUCCGCCUCCUCUAAACUUCCCACCACUAGGCCAAGCACCUCCAGUCACAGUCCUAGUUCCCUACCCUGUAAUCCUCCCAAUACCAUUACCUAUCCCUAUUCCAAUACCUUUCGCAUCUUUCCUCCAAGCACAUUGCGCUAGCAAAGUCAAAACAGAAUCAAUGGACGAUGCCGAAGGCCCGUUAGAUUUCACAAUGAAUAGCGAUAAAAACAAAGAUGAAGAAACCAAGGAAAAUAAGAAUGACAAUACAGAAACAGAUAAGAACUCAAAUCAUAGUGAGGAUCGGAGUGAGGAAAAACAAGAAACGGAAUCUAGUGAGACUAGUAACGCAGAACAGACUCUGCCUAAAUUCAAAAUAACACGAUUAGGAAAUAAAAUGGCGAAGAUAGUAACAAAAGCCCGGGAACCUUCAGAGGCCUCUAGGCCUCUCAGGAAACGACGGAGACUUGUUGAAGUGGCCACGGAGGACGACCCUCUAAUCCCGAAGACGAGAAAAAUAGUGCAAGUUUAAAUUUCUUAGAUGACAUAAUCUCAAAUUAAUAUAAUACCGUUUUAUUAAAUACAUAUCACAAAUUCAUUAAUUAUAAGGUUUUCUGAGAAACGGACUGUCAGCUGAUGGCGCCUAAAAAGAGAUUUACGUACGCUAAGCGUAAAUAUUUGCAUGUCUCUUUGAAGUGAAAUGAUUGGCAAAGUUAUAAUUAGACGUAGGUAGGUACAUGCAAAAUGUGUCUGCGUUGGGAUCCGAAUCACGCACCUGUUUCUGAUAACUGAACUAGAUGGCGCUGUAGAUCCCCGUAUACGAAUUGUAUUGUACAAAAGAGAAAUAUAAUUGUACAAAAGGCGAACUUAAGGCCGUAUAAACCACUGUCAGUCAUUUAACCUAAGGGCAAAGCAGCAAAUAUUGUAGUGUUGUUAUGCGGAAAAUAGUUUCUGAACCGUUACAUGUUCACAGUCCAGUUACAAUGUAUAACACCGCGCAGCGCCAUCUAGUUGUUAACCUGCCAUACUUUGUAUCACUUGUGUUGUGUUUUAAUAUUUAUUAAAAGGGGGUAACACCUAUGUAAACUACUUCUAGUAACUAGAUUUAGUGCUUAAAAACUUAGUUUCCGACUUAGUUAUACAAAUCCAGUCACCACAAAACGUAUGGACGGGUCACACGGGCCACUUAUAGCGCCAUCUGCAGCAUGCUGCACGCACGAUAGAUUUGAACAAAGGGUUAACAAUGGCGUGUUGUAAGUAUAUAGGUGUGGUGAAGAAAGGACCAAAUAGAAAGUUUUGUUACCCAAGGCAAUAAAAUAUUUUAUCAAGUUUCUUUAAGGAGUCAGAGGUGGCGCCAUCUAUUGACUUUUCGUGACUCGGACCCUUAAUAAAGAAAUAUAUGUAGUAUUCAAAACAAUUUAAAUUGCUAGUCUUAGUUGUAAGAUGUGAUGUAGCUGUAAGAUCUAUACGCUAGAUAAUAAUAAACGCACUGUAAAUGUGAUAUUAGUAACUUAUUAACUGUAAUGUAUAAAUGGAAUUAAAAUCUCAUUAUGACACGU